AGACUGUGUAGUGGUUACAUCCUUUGUCUAUGACUACCACGUCGAAAUAACCUCAAAAACGCAUCAAAACAUUCAAACGAAGCAAUAAAUUCCAAAUAAUGGCAAAAGGAAACGUAACAGUAUCUGAAAUUAAAACAGAAGAGAAUGAAAACUCGGCAGUUAGUGAAGAGUAUGCUUAUUUAGACAGAGGAGGCUUCUCUUCUGAGAAAUACAAGAUAGAAGUGCGUGGCUUACCGAAGUUCUAUGGAAUCGCGGAACUUAAAAAACUUAUGAAUCAAAAGUUAAGUUUGAAUACAAGUAAGAUAAAGCGGCCCAAGAAUGGAAGCCACUGGCUGUAUGCCUGCUUCCAAAAUGAUGAGGAACGCACCAAGGCCAUAGAAGCUCUCAAUGGAUACUCCUGGAAAGGUAAAACCUUAAUAGCCGAAGUGGCCAAACCAGCUCCUGACCCACUAGUGAGAAAGAGAAAGCAAGAAGAAGAUAGCAAUGGACAGGAGAAAAAGAAGAAAGAAGACAGCAAUAAGAGUCAGGAAGAGAGACUUGCUGAUGCCACCACACCUUAUUGGAAUGUGCCUUAUGAUGAACAGCUAAAACUAAAAGAGAAAGAAAUAAAGCAUAUCCUAAUGAAAUUCGACAAUGAGAUUUGGAAAAUAGCGAAGGAACGUCGUACCAGCAUAGAGGCGCAACGUAAGAACCACAACGGUUUGUCUUUUGAACUGAAGCCUAUACAAAAGUCGCCUGUAACUGAAGGAUAUAGGAACAAAUGCGAGUUCACUGUUGGGAUUGACGAAGAGACGAAGUUGCCCACUGUUGGGUUCAGGCUGGGAAGCUACGCGACUGGCACAGUCGCUGUGGCGCCCAUACAGUCGCUUAUACAUAUUUCGGAGCCGACGAAGAAAGCUGUUUUGUUGUUCCAAGAGUUCGUCCGCGCGUCUGGGCUGGCUCCGUUCUCGCCGGCCGACUACUCCGGGCACUGGCGCUGCCUCACCGUGCGGCACUCCCACCACAGCGGCGACAUCAUGCUCAUCGUCACUAUGCAUCCACAGGAUCUUACGCCUGAAGGAUUGGGUAAAAUAAAGAAGGAAUUAGCGGAGCAUUUCAGUUCAGAUGAAUCAGUUGCGUGUAACGUCAAGUCUGUUUACUUUGAACUUUUUACUAAGAGGCGGGUGGGUGAAGACGCCGCCAAGCCAGAGUAUGUGACGGGCGCUACCCAUAUCGUGGACACUAUACUCGGCAGGCAGUUCCGGAUAUCGCCUCAAGCUUUCUUUCAGAUAAACACAGCAGGCGCCGACAUUCUGUAUCAAAGCGCAAUCGAACUGAGCCAGGUGACGAAGGAAUCCACAAUCGUUGAUAUCUGUUGUGGCACUGGUACUAUUGGACUGUGUUUCGCAAAGCAUUGCGGAAAAGUAUUAGGACUAGAGUUGAUCGCAGAAGCAGUAAAGGACGCUAAAGCGAAUGCAGAGCUGAAUAAUAUAGAGAACUGUGAGUUCUUCACGGGCAAGGCCGAAGACAUACUACCUUCAGUCCUCGCUAGGGCUACGGGAGAGGAUAUCAUCGCCAUAGUUGACCCACCUAGGGCAGGAUUACAUACGCGAGCUGUAACCCAGUUACGUAACACGAAGAAAGUGAAGCGGUUGAUAUACAUAUCAUGCAGCCCGGCAUCGGCUGUAAAGAACUUCAUAGACUUAUCGCGACCGUCUUCGAAGACUUUGAGAGGAGCACCCUUCUUGCCUGUUAGGGCGGUCCCUGUUGACAUGUUCCCGCAUACUAAACACGUCGAAUUGGCUAUACUGUUUGAAAGAGAAGAGAAAUCAACACCAGAUUUAGUUGAGACUACACCACAAGUUGAAGACAAUAUACCUAACGAAAAUGUCAAUGUAGAAUGUAAGAAUGAAAAUCAUGUAUCUAUUUAGAUAUGCCUCUCUCAUUGUUACUGUAAGUAAUAAAUAAUUUUACAAUGUUAA